ACAACUGAAGCGGACGAAAAUAACAGAGGGCAGAGAGGCACAAGGUACAGUUGCUUACGGACGGACGCUUGCACGUAACAACAGAAGCAUCAUGCCGUCCAACCUUAAGAUCUACUUCAGCGGGAGUAUCCGAGGAGGCCGCAGUGAUGUGGAUCUCUAUGGUCGUCUUGUGGAGCAGCUUGGGAAGUUCGGCAAGGUCCUGUCUCCCUUUGUGGCAGACAAGACUGUGACUGAUGCUUCUGUCCAUGAGGGUGAAAUUACAAACGGGCUUUUCUCUUUUUACUGUGCUGCAAUGACCGACAAGGAAAUCUAUGACCGUGACUUGAGACUUAUAGAGGAAUGUCAUGCUGUGGUGGCAGAGGUAACACAGACGUCGCUGGGUGUGGGCUAUGAGGUGGGCCAGGCCAAAGCCUUAGGGAAGAAGAUCCUGUGCCUCUACCGGCCACAGCCAGGCAAAUUGCUCUCUGCCAUGAUUCGAGGAGCAGAGGAGAAAGGCAGCUUUGUCACCAGAGAUUAUAAAGAAGAGGACCUUCCUGAGAUCCUGGAGGAAUUCUUUACUGAAUGCUUUGCUAGGACUCACAAAGACAGCCUGGACUGGACAACUUAUGAGCCCAUGUAGAUAAUUAUGUUCUCUCUGUGUGAGGUGAGGAGGGUUGGAGGAAAAGCCUUAAUAUCCUGACCACAGCCACAUUAAGUUGAGUAAUGUUUAACGGCAUCACAAAAUAAACAUACCUUUAAACAU